CACUGAGCGCGGGCCCGAGCUGCCGUUCGCCCGCCCCGGGCCCUUGUUCUCCGCGCCGCCGCCGCCAUGUUGGGUUUGGAGCCGCAGCGGAGCCGUCGCCGCCGCCGCGGCUGACGAGGCCGAGCGCGGAGCCCGGCCCGCGCCGGGGCCCAGGGAGCAGGGCCCGUCGGAGCCCGUCGGAGCCCCGUGUGCCUGUCCGCCGCGCGAGCAAGUCGCCGGGCCCCCGGCCGCGCCCUCUGCCGCCGGCCGAGCGAGCCGCGGAGCCCCGAGAGGCAGCGCCAUGGCGGAGCAGACCUAUUCGUGGGCCUAUUCCCUGGUGGAUUCGAGUCAAGUGUCGACAUUUCUGAUAUCCAUUCUUCUUAUAGUCUAUGGUAGUUUCAGGUCUCUUAAUAUGGACUUUGAAAACCAAGAUAAGGAGAAAGACAGCAGCAGCUCUUCUGGCUCUUUCAAUGGCAACAGCACCAAUAACAGUAUCCAAACAAUUGACUCCACCCAAGCUCUGUUCCUUCCAAUUGGAGCAUCCGUCUCUCUCCUAGUGAUGUUCUUCUUCUUUGACUCAGUUCAAGUAGUUUUCACAAUAUGUACAGCAGUUCUUGCAACAAUAGCUUUUGCUUUUCUUCUUCUCCCGAUGUGCCAGUAUUUAACAAGACCCUGCUCACCUCAGAACAAGAUUUCCUUCGGUUGCUGUGGGCGGUUUACUGCUGCUGAGUUACUGUCAUUCUCUCUGUCUGUCAUGCUCGUCCUCAUCUGGGUCCUCACUGGCCACUGGCUUCUUAUGGAUGCUCUGGCCAUGGGUCUCUGUGUCGCCAUGAUCGCCUUCGUCCGCCUGCCAAGCCUCAAGGUAUCCUGCCUGCUUCUCUCAGGGCUUCUCAUCUACGAUGUCUUCUGGGUAUUUUUCUCAGCCUACAUCUUUAAUAGCAACGUCAUGGUGAAAGUGGCCACACAGCCAGCUGACAAUCCCCUUGAUGUUCUGUCCCGGAAGCUUCACCUAGGACCCAAUGUGGGGCGUGAUGUUCCUCGCCUGUCUUUGCCUGGAAAAUUGGUCUUCCCAAGCUCCACUGGCAGUCACUUCUCUAUGUUGGGCAUUGGGGACAUUGUGAUGCCCGGCCUCCUGCUGUGCUUUGUCCUUCGCUAUGACAACUACAAGAAACAAGCCAGUGGUGACUCCUGUGGGGCCCCUGGUCCAGCUAAUAUCUCUGGGCGCAUGCAGAAGGUCUCCUACUUCCACUGCACCCUCAUCGGGUACUUUGUAGGUCUGCUCACUGCGACUGUGGCAUCUCGCAUCCACCGAGCUGCCCAGCCCGCUCUCCUCUACUUGGUGCCAUUUACCUUAUUGCCACUCCUCACUAUGGCCUACCUAAAGGGUGACUUACGAAGGAUGUGGUCUGAGCCAUUCCACUCCAAGUCCAGCAGCUCCCGAUUCCUGGAAGUAUGAUGAAUCACGUGGGAAGUGACCGGAUUUGCUCUCCUCGCCCUGUCUCUCACCGCGUGGUUUUGUUUCCUCUAAAAGCUGGCCUGGUACGCGGAGGCAGGCCUGUCCACGGAACUGCAGUGUGACAGAGUUUGCGUGUGAGGUGAGCGUCUAUGGAGGGUGCUGAAGCCCUGCAGAGCCCUUCUCUUCCCCGCCCUGGGAGAGUGGACCCUUCUAGAAGGGACAGGCCCUCCCGCUGCUCUUUGCUUAUGUUUUUACGGACCUGCACCCGACUGUUACCUUGCGGGGAGAUGAAGAGCUGACUUAUUUAAAACUACAAACAGCAAGGAGUUGUUUUAGAACUUUGAACACUAAAAGGAUGAAAAAAUUUAGCAAACCGAAGUUUCUUCAGCGAACCCUCCAAAACUUUGGGACCCGUUUCCUAUGGGGGACUUCAGAGACCUAGGACAGAAGUUCUGUCCAUCUUUUUUUCUUUUCUUUUGGAUUUAUUAAAUAUUUUCUGUGGUGUGAAGUGACUUAUUAAAUCCACAGACAUUGAAUGACUUCUUACAACAUACACAUAAGAAUUUGUUGUAAUGACUGUGUCCAACCGUGUUCGCAGUGAACAAGGACACGGUUUUAUACAUACGUACAUAUAUACAUAUAUAUAUAUAUAUAUACACACACACACACGCGCGCGUGCACAUAGAUAUCUAUGAGUAAGCAGCGACUAAACCUGCUAAGAUCAUGCCGUGUAGCAGACGGGGGCUUGCUGUCAUUUGAGCAUGUAGAGCAGUUCACUGUAGCUUCCUCGCAUAAGCUGCGUCUCCCUCACGAGUCUCCUGCGGUUGGAAGCUGUGGACACGUGGAGCUGAUAAGACUCGUGGGCUGUGGGGACUCCUACUUCUUUUGAUCAGUGUAGCAAAUUAGGGAUGAAAAGUUUGAACUUUUUGACCCUUUUCUUUUUACAGGCUUCUCCCUCACAGUUUUUAGUAGUCGCCUCUUGAACCAGUGCAUGUAUUAUAGCAGCCAGGUGUCCUGUGCUUUCUGGAUCAUAGUAAUGUACUACCUGUAAAUACAUUUUUCUAUUUUA